GUGGCGAGUGACAGGCUGCCUGUGGUUGAUUGUGUUUUGUUUUAACAUUUUUUUAAAGGGGAGAGCAGUCUUGGUCAUCAAGAGCAGCGUAAUGGACCACAGUAUGGAUUGUAGAGCUCUCUCGCCCAGUGUCGCUGUCAGUGGAGCAGCAACGCCUCAGGAGAGGUCUCCAUUAAACAACCCCUGUCAAGUAGAAAGUGGAGGAACCAUUUUACUGCAGUUGCUGGAAUUCAAAACACAUCUACUUGAGGCUGUAGAGGAGCUGCACAUUCGAAGGGAUGCCGAAAGCCGAUUUGAAGAUCAGAUCAGUAAAGUUGUGUUGGAGAAACAGGAGCUGGAGUGGGAGAAGGAAUCCUUACAACAUCAAAUAGAAACAGUGGAAAACCAGCACGCACAAUCUCUCAUUGACACCAAAAAGCAGUUACAGGCCACAAUAAGACACACACAGGAAGAGAAGGGGAGAUACAAGGUCAUGGCUGAGUUAAAAGAGAAAGAGAUUAGCAACAUGAAAGAAGAACUGAAGUCGCUUCAGCUGCUGAAGUACAACUUGGAAAAGAAAUCCAAUGAGUUGGAACAGAAGCUAGCUUUGCAAAUUCGGUCAAAAGACAGUCAUUUGAACCAACUGGGAGAGGUGGAGAAGCGCUUCAAAGCCCUGUCGAGGCAGUGUGCUUUAGUCAAGAAGGCCCAUGAGAAACUGGAGCAAAAUGUUGACGAGGCUAUGAGAAUAAAUAAGAAACUGGCAGCUUCCAAUGAAAAACAUGAAGGAACUAUUGAGACACUAAAAAAGGAGCUGGAUUUGGCCAACACUCAGUUGAUAAAGGCAAAGAUGUCAUCAGUCCGACACGACCAGACCUACAAGUCGCAGACACACACAGAGCAGCAUCUACAGCAGCUACGCCAAACGCUGAGUAUGGAAACUGAAAUGAACAAGAGGCUAAGGGACGAGAAUGCAGCUGUACGGUCAGAGAAACAAGAGGUGAUGAAGUCAACGCAGUACACUCAGCAACUUUUGCUGUCCCAGACAAAGACCGUAAGCAGACUAGAACUGCAGUUGCAGGCACAAGACGAGCAGUACAAGGCCCUGAAGCAGGAACAUGAAGUGAUGCGAGAGAAAUGCAAGGCAAUGGAAGACAAAGUUAUCGAACUGAUGAAUGAGCAGCAAGAUUUUCAAGCACUGAAAGAAGCACAUGAUGACCUUCAACAUAAGCACACUGAACUUUCUUCACAAGUGAAAGUCCAAGUUCAAAAUAUACAUGAGAUGUUCCCCAGUUUAGCGGAGGAAAUCAGAGGGAGACCUCCUGAUGAACCCCAAUCCAGCGCCAUGCUGCAUGUCUUUGGCAGCCAGCAAAACUCAGCUGUUUCUCAGAACAAAAUCUUGGACUGUCUGGAAGAUACGACAGCUAAGAACAAACUGGAUGGCGAAACAGGAGGAUAUGAAGCCCCAAAUACCCAUGUAAAGUCUCAAGCUCAGCUACAAGCUCAAUGUGAAAUGUUUUUUUCCGUUCAAACCAAAAGGCCUCUGGGAACCUCUGAAAAAACAGGAAGUGAUGACAACCUAUUGAAUUUACACACAAGCAACUAUAACAUAAGUGAGAGUAUGUCUAAUGAAGUUUCAGACCUGACUUGUACUACUUUCCACCAGUCUGAUUAUGAGUUGGCAACCAGUGAAAUCAUCAGUGAAAGCUCAGCAAAUAUAAUUAACAAAUCAAAUGCUGACUGCAUGUCAAGCAUUCCCAUUCUGACUAAGGACAAAAAGAUUGAUGACAGCGCAAGCUUCGUUGGAGCAGACUAUCAUUGGACAGAUACAGCAAAUGAGGAAAGCAACAUCAGAGAGGAAGUAGAAAUUAAUACAAAUCAGCAGAGGAACACUGAAGAUGUUCUGGAGAAAGGAUAUGCUGGACAACCGAGCGAGAUGCUCAAUUCCCAAACAGCGGAAAGAGUGAACAGUCAAGACGACAGUGAAAAGAGUAAACAGGAGUACAAAACAGAAACAACAUCAGCAUGCAUGGUUAUAGGGGAAGAGAAAGGAAAGACAGAAAAAGAGAAAGAGGCCCAGACGACUCAUGAUAAGAAGAGCAACACUCCACCGGACAUUGACUUCAUGGAGAAAAUAGUCAAUGUCUGUGACACAAACUGCUAUCAGAAGGACAUGAAGAAGGUUGCAUAUUACAGUCCUAUUAACACAAACAAAGGGCAUUUGCUUCAAGAUGUUCAAAGUCAGACAGACCAAAGUCUAAGUAAUGGAUCUAUUAUAGUCGUGCACAAGGUUCAAAGCUUGUGUCAAGGUCAGGUCAAAACCAAUGUAGCCAAUAUCGAGUCGGCUCCAACUGCAGCUUAUCAAGUGGUAGAGAAAACCCCUGAGGACAAGAGAAUAGAUGAAUCAAGUCCAAAAGUUUCUGAACCCCUCAGUCAGUCAUCUGUCUCACUGACAAUUCCGUCAUUAACAGAACUUUCUAAUUCUAGCAGCAAUGUGACUCACACAAAUGAAAUGGGUGGUACAGAUACACAUGAGAAGUUGGAUGACACCAAAAUGGUGUCUCAUAGUCAAAGUACUAUUGAGGAGGCAAAUAGACUGAUGGAGGAGAAAUGUGAGACUGGCCUUCACCUGGAAACUGCCAGUUAUGAUGGUGAUUUGAACAUUUCCAACCAAUAUAAUACAGCGGAUUCAAAAAUGUCUAAAUGUGUUUUGUCUGAGUCAAUUCUGUUGAAAGGUGGUAAUGAUAACUCCCUUGGGGUCAGUGCCACUGAAUGCCACAAGCCAACUGUUGUUAAAGAAACCCAUGGGGAUGUGAAGGAAUUGUCUCUACCUAAGACUCACAUGUACUGUGUUGGUUCUAUUAAACAGACAAUUCUACCUACAGCUAUUACUGGCUCCAUCUUGCAUCCAAAUGUUCAGAACUUUCCUGUGCCUGAGCAAAAUACAAGUGGUUCUGGUGGGCUAGUCACAGAGUCUCCCUACACAACAUUCCUUAAAAACCAGCACAGUAAAGUACCUUUGGUGAUCACCAGAGCGGCUGACUUGUUGAAUGCCUCUGGUGUCUCUGGAUACACAGCAUUCGCCAGGAGAUUUCAGCAGGGAGCCCAGAGCGUUUUCGGAGAGAGCCGUCAGACAAAGACGUCAGCAGCAGAUGACAGCAAAGUUUCCUUGGCCACCCCGACUUGCCAAGUAUCCAACUUCUCUAACACACUGCCUUGGCAGCUUCCUUCUGUGUCUUUGAGAAGGCCUCCUGGGCCCAGUCAUGGUUCUAGGUCUGAGCUCGAGUUUGAACCUUUGUGCUCUCAGGAAGAGCACCAGUCAUCAUUAAGAGCCCAAAUAUCUAAAAUCGAACAGUUCCUCGAAACGGAAAGACUCCACCUGCCCAAACGACGGCGCACAGAAAACUAAUCCAUCUUUAAAUGUUCUGAAUGUUGUGUUUGCACCAAUACACAUCAUUAAGUAAGUUAUACACCGUAUUCAGCUCACUGGAGCUCCUUCUUUCCGUUUUUUAAUGACAAAAUGAAGUUAAAGGUUACUGUCUUUGAAUACUGUAAUUGUUUUCAAUGCUGUUGUUUCAUAGCUAAUUCAAGCUUGAAGAUUCUAGUGUUUAAUGUUUUUAGUAAAUCUGAACUCAUAUGAUUAAUAAAAUUUACAAUUUAGGAACAGUUAUGUUUAACAUGUUAUGCAAAGUUUGCUAUUAUUUCAACACAAACUGCUCUAAAGAAUAAACAGCAGAGGCCAGGUUAUGUUGCCUGUUGUAACACAGUUAAUUGCUAAUUAACAUUCAGUUUUAAUGGCCAGUAGUGGUUGCAUGUCUCAGAGGAGCUUUAACUGGUGACACCUUUACUCGAUAUCUUGUUUCUGUUGCUGCAAUUACAACACUGGUCACAGAGAAAGCAAGUAUCUAUUAACAUGAAUUCAGACUAAUUAGUAGACCUUGCUCAUUUUGAUUAACAAACAUCAAUUAGCAGACAUUAAGUCCAAUUAAAGCAUUCUAAUUAGCCACUCGUUAACUUUAUGUUCCAUGUGAGAGAAGAACACAUGGCUCCAAGCUGGCAUAAAUCAGCUCACCACAGACAAUUGGCCUCUAAUUGUGGGCUACUUGCUUUUUAUACACCAUGUGUAUGUAGUGAGGAAUUUGUAAAGACUGCAGACCUAUUUUAAAGAUAAAGGUUACACGUGUACUCAUAUAAUGAUAGCAAUAAUACAAUUAAGGUGUCGAUAGUCUCAUGCCAAAUCCCAGCUUUUUAAUUUAGCUUUAAUCUUUCAUUUCUUUACUUUAUUCAUAGCCAAGCUUUUUUCUAUUCUUAAGUGAAUUGCUGUUAUUUAUGUAUGCAUUGUUUUAUGAAUUAUACUAAUUAUCCGUUUAUUUCUUAUUGUAAAACGCUUCUAGUUUCUGUCACGCUUGGGUCGCAUUUUACUGCACGGAUUGUUCUCCCAAGAUGCAGCAGGAACUCCGGAGGCAAGGUGCAGGUAAGGAAAUUAUUUAUUCCUCAUAAAUCAUACAGGAUAAUACAAACGUAAGUAAACAGAAAAGCGUGCCGAUUGCACAGGAAGCUAUGGCAAAUCUAACGGAAAAGGUUGGCAUAGACAACACGAGCAAAGAAGCAAGGAAUUGACAAACGUAACUGUUGCUUAAAGCAAACAAGAGAACCAGACCAAGUGUGGCGAAAAGCAGGGAAUAAGUAGCUCUCUGAUUAGUGCCCAGGAGCAGGUGAGCGUCCCGAACACUAAUCAGAGGAGGGUAAAAACAAUCUGCAGUCAUGACAACUAAAACACAAACCCAGCGGUGCUCAAAACAGGACCUGAGGGAGUCAAAAACUAAACAAACAUGAUCCGGAGCAGCGGAUCAUGACAGUUUCUUAUUUUAUUAGAUUUUAAAUCGAAUCCUAUUUUUUAAGAAUCGAUUUCUAAAAAGAGGUUUGUUUAGGCCAAAUCUGCGCUUACUCACUGAGCGUAUACAUCAUGCUUUAGCAGCCAAGAGGUGAAUUUGUAACCUGUAACACGUUUUGACAAGGUUUUAUUGUAAUUUAUAUACCAAACAAUUUAUUGCCAGAAUCGGUUCGAAUCAAGAAUCCAAUCUGAAUCUAAUUGAAUUGUGAGUUACUUUAAGAUU